AUGGCUGAACAGGAGGAACUGGAAGAUGAUCUCUUCGCUGACCUCUAUGAUGCUGAUGAAUCUACUGCUCGUACCACAUCUGCCGUACAGGCCCCCAAGCCCGCUGAGCCAGCUGCCCCUGCAGUAGCUCCUGCACAGCCAGCACCAGAGUCAAUUCCUCAGAGCUACGAGACUUCACCCGUUGACACAUAUGUGACUCAAAUGCCACAGCAGCAGCAACAUCAGAGUUAUGGUGGAGAUUACCAGAAUGGCUCUGAGGGCGCUUACGGCAACCCCGCAGCAGUCGCCCCCGCAGACAACGAGUCUCACGGCACAGGAAUUAAGGAAGAUGGGAAAAUGUUUAUUGGAGGUUUGAACUGGGAAACCACAGAUCAAUCCCUCCGGGAUUAUUUCUCCCAGUUCGGUGAGGUGCAGGAGUGUACCGUAAUGCGUGAUAGCGCCACUGGUCGCUCGCGUGGUUUCGGUUUCUUAACUUUCCGUGACCCUAAGACCGUGAACACUGUUAUGGUUAAAGAACAUUACUUGGAUGGCAAGAUUAUCGACCCCAAGCGCGCCAUUCCCCGCGAUGAGCAAGAGAAGACCAGUAAGAUUUUUGUUGGUGGUGUCAGCCAGGAGGCUACGGAACAAGACUUCAAGCAUUUCUUCAUGCAAUUCGGACGUGUUGUUGACGCAACUCUCAUGAUUGACAAGGAUACUGGUCGCCCUCGUGGAUUCGGAUUCGUGACGUUUGACAGUGAGACUGCGGUGGAAAAUGCACUUUCCCGGCCCUUGGAGAUCCUAGGCAAGACCAUCGAAGUGAAGAAGGCUCAGCCUCGUGGUAAUCUCCGCGAUGAAGACCGUGGUGGUCGCCGAGGUGGUCGUGAGGGAGGAUACCGCGACAUGAAUAACGGCAACGGUAGCGGUGGCGGUGGUGGUGGAGGUGGAAGUCACGGAGGAGACCAGCAGCAGGGAGGUCAACAAGCCGGCGGAAUGACUCCUCAGAUGAUGGCUCAAUACUGGCAACGCAUGCAGCAAUACUUCGCCAUGAUGCAGCAACAGAUGGCUAUGGCUGGUCAGGGUCAGGGUAUGCCUGCCGGUAUGCCUGCUGGUAUGCCAAUGGGCGGAAUGAACCCAGCUAUGAUGCAGCAGAUGCAACAAAUGCAAAUGCAGCAGAUGAAGGGUCAACCACAAGGCACCAUGAGUCCUGGCCCCCAGAGUCCCGGUUCUCAGCAAGCAAGCAUGCCAAACAUGAUGAACCCAGCUAUGAUGCAACAGAUGCAAUCUCAGGCUCAGGCUGCCGGUAAUUCCGGAGGUGCUAGUCCUGGCCCUAACGCGGCCUAUAACCGUCAGCCCAGCAAUGCUGGUGUCGGUGGUGUCGGUGGUCCAGGUUACAAUGCGCAGGAACAGAUUGCCUUCGAACAACAGAAGUAUGAACAACAGCAACAGGCUCGUCGUCAUGUUGAGAACCGUGCUUUCUCUCCUUACCAACAGGGUGGUCCUACUUCCUGGGAAGGAAUGUACGAUGAGGUCCCUCAGCCUAAUAUCCCCUCCGGUCCCCAGGGUAUGUUCUCUUUUACAAUGGAUACUAGCACCGCUCCUGCUAAUGCCCCUACUGGUCCUCGCAAUGCCGGUAAGCCUGGUGCGAACUACCGAGGUGGUGGCCGUGGAGGACAUCGUGGUUUCCACCCCUAUUCUCGUUGA